AAAGGAGGGGGCGGGCGGCGGGAUAGGCUGCCGUUUCACGCCUUCCGAAGGAGGGAUUGGCUCAGCCGCUGGUAAUGGGCACCUGAAUUGUCCCCCAAGGCCUUCUGCGGCGAGAGAAAGGCCCGGCGGAACGGGAGGCGCCUUCUCUCGAAGCGCACCAUGGGCCCCUUUUUGGAAAUUUCCGUCAGGCAUGCCGUUAGACAGCCCUGGAGUUGGAGGGGCGGGGCUUGGAGACAAGGCGAGGGGGAGGAGUGAGAGGAGGACGCGAAGGACGGAAGCCGGGAGGGGUUUGGUCCUGCCCCCCCCCCCCGAAAGGGCGUUGGGUUUGCUGCGCGUUCGCGCGUGGCGUGAGGCGAAGGGCGAGAGGAUGGAGCGCUGGGCCUUCGUGUGGGGCGCCUCCUCGUGGGCCCGCUGGCCGAGCUGGGAGCUGCUGGCUGCCUUCGCGGUGAUAGGCGUCGUGGGCUGGCUGGCGCGCCUGUGGGAAAGGAGGCCGGUUGGACGCCGAGGCCGCCAGGCUGGGAAGGCCGGAGGGGGCGCGCUCUCCCCGCCUCCCUCCUCCUCGCCUCCGCCUGAGGAGAAGCCGCGCCGGGCCGAGGGUUUCUGCCAAGGGUCUGUAACAAUGGAUGCUAUAUUGUUACGGCUAAAGCAGCUAACUCCUGAUGAACUUCGAGAAGAAAUUGUCAAAGCUGGACAGAAAUGUGGACCCAUUACUCUAACCACCAGAUCGAUUUUUGAAAAAAGACUGGCCCAGUCAUUACUGGAACAGCAAAGAAAAUUGGAGGCAGAAGCUGAUACAGAUGAUGAGAGUGGAGCUGAAACCCAGAAGUCCUCGAGUCAAAAUGGGCAUGUAAGCUCCUCUGAAGAUGGUGAUUUUGGCUAUAGCAUGGGCUUAAACCCACCAGAAGAAGAAGCACUAAUGCACAAGACUGAAGUUGACUCCCCAAGUUUUCAGUCUCCAUCUAAGGAGCCUCUGCUAUACUACGGCGUAUGCCCAGUUUAUGAUGAUAUACUGGCAAGAAAUGAAAGGGUGCAUGUCUAUGAAGAUAAAAAGGAAGCUCUGCAAGCUGUUAAAAUGAUAAAAGGCUCACGGUUUAAAGCUUUCUCAACUAGGGAAGAGGCAGAGAAAUUUGCCAAAGGCAUCUGUGAUUACUUCCCCUCUCCAAACAAGGCCACCUUAUCUUUGUCUCCUGUAAAAGUGUGUUCAACAGUAUUCAACAGAGAUGGCUUAUGCUCUCCUGAGAUGGAAACAGUUAGUAAAGAGAGAGCCAACAGUUUUAAAAGUCCACGUACUCAGGAACUUACUGCCAAACUUAGGAAAGCAGUUGAGAGAGGAGAUGAAACAACCUUCUUGGAACUUGUUUGGAGUAAUCCUCGCUAUCUCAUUGGCUCUGGAGACAACCCAACAGUUGUGCAGGAAGGCUGUAGAUAUAAUGUCAUGCAUGUUGCCGCUAAAGAGAAUCAGCCUGGUAUCUGCCGAUUGCUGCUGAACACUUUGGAAAAUCCUGAAUUUAUGCGGCUGAUGUAUCCUGAUGAUGACAGGAUAAUGUUACAGAACCGUAUCAGAUACAUAGUUGACCUGUAUCUUAAUACACCAGAUAAAAUGGGAUUUGAUACACCACUACAUUUUGCUUGCAAAUUUGGGAACUCGGAUGUUGUUCAUGUCCUUGCUUCACACCCAGAUACUGUGAAGAAUUUACCAAACAAGUAUGGACAAACUCCAGCAGAAGUUGUUUGUGAAAGGAGCAAAAACAAAUCUGCAGAGUUGAAAGAGAAAAUCAGAGAAUAUUUGGAAGGACAGUGUUAUGUACCACUCUUCAGAGCAGAAGAUAAUGUCUCGGCACCUGUGAUUGGUGCACCUUGGUCUCCUGACAAGUCAGAGGAUAUCCAACAUGGCUCUUUACCAAGAUAUGUUGGUAGCCCUAAAGAUCCUGUGUUGAUAGUGAGGGCAUAUGCCGGCCCAUUGAGCCCUUCCAAGGCUGAAGAGUUCCACAGGCUUUGGAAAACUCCACCUCGAGAGAAAGCAGGAUAUUACCACAAUCUCAGAAAAUCUGAUCUGGAAAGAGGAGUCGAAAGAGUUGGAAGGGAGUUAGCUCAUGAACUGGGGUUCCCAUGGGUUGAAUACUGGGAAUUCCUGGGCUGUUUUGUUGAUCUGUCUUCCCAGGACGGGUUACAAAAACUAGAAGAAUACCUGAGCCAACGGGAAAUGCGUGAUAAGGCUCAGCAAGAAACAGGAGAGAAUGAAACCCACAACAGAUACAAAACUCCACAGCUUUCUGGCAAAAGUAAAAAAAGCUAUAACUCAAUCUCAGUUGGGGCAUUUCUUGAUGACGAAGACAUGAGCUUAGAAGAAGUCAAGAACAGGCAGAAUGCGGCAAGGAACUACAGCCGAGUUACAGCCUCCAGUGAACCAACCAUCAGUAACGUUGGCAACUUGGAGUGUGACAUCCUCUCAAUUGAAUGUACUGGGAGUAUAAUGGCUGAAGUCUCCAGUCAGCACUCUGCGAAAGAAAUCCCCACCAGUAAAAAUGGGUUUUGUAGCCCAGUGACCAGUGGCAGAACUGUGACCCCAUAUAGGAGGCAUGCAAACCAAAGAGAAGAGUGCCUUCAGAUGCCAGUCUCCAAUCUGAUGGAAGAAUUUGAUAAACUGUCUUGCCAGGAUCAGACUGUGGCCGCCGAGAGCUUAUCAGGGAAGCCAAACCAGGCUUCUAUAAAAAAGCACAAAAGCAACCCUGAGGAAAGUACAAGGCAGCUUAGAAAAUGUAAGGAUCAGGUAAAAGAAGCAGUGCUACCCAAAGCUGGCAUGGCUCCUGGAAAGUCUGAAGACACCAAAAUAAGGAUAGAAGGAAAAACAGCAGUAAUAGGUGGACCAGGAGAAGAGACCAAGCUGUCUUGCAGUUCUGAAUUUCAACCUGAGAUGUCACCACUGUGUUCCCUAAACACCCCAUCCUCAAAUGAAAAAGCCAAGUCACUGUUCCUCUUGGGAGAGCAGCCUUCAAAAUUGGACCACGAUGUGUUAACUGCAUUACAUGGCAUGGAGAUUGACUCGCAACGCUAUCCUGCUACUUUCUGGUGGAACAUGUCUGUACAAUCCUAUUCUCCUUCCGAACGGCAAAGCUGGUCAAGUCCCUCACUGAAAGGAAGAUUCAAGUCUCGUGUGGCUUCAGCCCCCUCCAGUGGCCCAGCAUUUUGUAGCCCAGGAAACAUUAGCCCAACGUUCAGUAGUCCAGGAAAAUACAAUGCGGCGGCUGCCAACUUCUCUCCAGAUUUUGGGAGUCCUGGGCGGUACACUCCGGCCUACGUCAACCACAUUCUGCUGUCUAAACGGCAGAACUUCUCAGGACCAUUCACCCAUUAGAAUAUGGCUUUUUAGAACUGCAGUUAAGUGAAGAAUAAAAAUGAAGGCAGAAAAACUUAACAUGAUGUAUCCCUGCUCCCUUUUAUUUAUUGUUGUAAGGAAAGUGGCUGCUUGCAGAGAGAAUAUCUUCAUUCCAUUUCCCAGAUGAUCAGUGGCUCAUAGGUUAGAGCAGUGAUGUGUUAAGAAUACCUGACCUGUAAAUCUAAAGUAAAUUGUGGAUAGAAAUGGCUUUUGGACCUCUUGAUGAGAUCAGUUGCAAGUAUAGUCUUAUCUCCAUGAAUUCCUGGCCGUUGGACAAGCUGCCUAGGGCUUCUGGGAGUUGGAGGCCCAAAUAGCUAAGGGCCACAAGUUGCAGAGGCCUGCUAUAGGGGAUUCCUAGAGGACACGUUUAUCACACUGGCCUUCCAAUUUCAGAGGAAGGGGGAAAGUUCCUGCUUUUCGGUGUAUAUGGGCUUUAGAUUUUGGGAUCAGCUAGAGGCAUGUGCAAACUUUGACCCUCCAGGUGUUUUGGACUUCAACUCCCAGAAAUCCCAUCCAGCUUAUCGGUUGUUAGGAAUUGUGGGAUUUGAAGUUCAAAACACCUAGAGGGCCAAAGUUUGCCCAUGGUUGAGAAUGACUGAAAGAACAGAGAAUGCACAUUUUGAUUUCCUAUGCUGUAAAUAUUUUUUAGAAAGAUGAUUUAAAGAAAUGAACCCACCUCCCACCUUACCAUAGACAGAAAAGUACUUUAGCAGUACCUCCCAAGUUAUCUCUGGCCUGUUAUUUAACAAUACACCUCACUUUUUUUUAAUUGCAGAGCUCGUUCUGCAUUCAAAACAUCUGGAGCAGAUAAGAAUGGUUCCAUGAAAUGCUAAAUGCUGAUGUUGAUAUGUUUUUAGAAUACAUUCUUUGAAUUUACCAAUGAGGACAAGCUCAAUAGUUGUAUUCACUUCAAGCCUUUUUAUAUUAGUCUAGCCAAGGCCUCUUCAACCUGCGGGCCUCCAGGUGUUUUGGACUUCAGCCCCCAGAAGUUCUGAUGAUUGGACAAGCUGGACAGAGAUUCUGCGAGUUGGAGGCCCAAACACCUGGAGGGCUGCUAGUUGAAAAGGCCUGGUCUAGUCCUUACCACACACAAAUAACCCUCUUUCUGUAUACUGGAGAUAUGGACUAGAAGACACAAGCUUUGGCAGUGAGGAAUGGGAAGGUAUCUACCAUACACAUGGAAGGGAGCGGAUGAGGGUAGAAUUGUUAUACCUGAAAUCAUUGUAGCAGAUGAGCGAAGCUUUCCUUACAUCAGGGGAUGUAAGCAGUGUGAUUCUGUGCACACUGGACUAUAGAACACUUGUUUGUUCCUCAUCGGCUGUGCAGAUGGAAGUUGCAGUCAAACACCUGAGAAGUCCCAUGUUCCCCAAUCCUGCCUUAAACCAAGUGUAAUAAUGAGCAUUAUAGACACUGUUUGUGACUGUUUGAUAUUUUGGUACAAAACUCUAGAACUCCACAUAAGACUUCCAAUUCGAUUAGUGCCUUCUGUCGUACUUUUUGGUUCUGUGUAUUUGGAUCUUGACUUUUAACAGCAAAUACUGUUCACUAAUAGAAGCAGUAACCACAUUUUAAUUUCCCGACACUUUUGAAAAGCAUUCUUUUUAAACUGUCCUUUGUAGCCUUUGGAGAAAUACUGUAAACAUCCAUGUAUUAAUUUGUACAUUUACUAGACAUGGCUUCAAUGUAAAUUACAACUUAUGUCCAGUUUAGGAUGUUUUUUUUAGCAUACCAACUGUUUAAAUGAUCAUUCAGAUGUAAUACAAGAUUUUCUUGGGUGCAGUUUUGAGGUUAGUUUCUAACUUUGCAAGUCCAUUAUUAAUAGGGUGCUAUCUACACUAUAUAGUUACUUGAAGCUGGCUUUUCCUAGGCCUGUAUAAUCAAGGCGGCUGUAAGACUUUUGACAGCAGGCUAAAUUGCCUUGAGUUCUGAUGGGUACUUCUUGGAAGUCUCUGUGGCAGAAAUCAGCUUCUAGAAAUCUCAUUAGCAAGGAAUAGCUGGCUAAUGACACUGUGCACACAUCACAACUUAUUCAAAAAGGUACAAUAACAGUGUAACACUCGUUGUCUUAAGAAAUAUGCCAUCUCCUUAGGUCCCUUGCAGGUAAAGCUUUCUUCACAGUAUAUUCAGAGGUCAUUCUUGCUUAGCAUCUGCAGCCCUAGUGGUUUGAACAUAUAUUCAAAGCAACUGACCAUGUUUUAUAACUUCCUUUGCUUUUACUACUCUUGUUAUAUGCCGUUUUGUAUUGGAGUGUUUCCGGAGCACAAACUAUCAGUUUAACGCUUGUCUUAGGACAGCGGGAGGGGAUCUUGAAGGGGUCGGUGUCCUGUGACUUAGUCCUUUUUGUCAAUGUGUUCAAAUACAUUUUUAACAAUAUUAAAUUUGUUUACCUAAAA